AAAAAAAUACAUAAACAAUUAAUAAAUGCUUAAUGGGUGAGGUUUACACAAUGUGCUGUUUUUCCACAGUGAGCCGGAAAUCAGUCAUGUCCCUGACAUGCUCUCCCUGGAGAACCAGCUGCACAAAGUUACUUUACAAACUUUCAAAAAUUAUAAGCAAGGUGAAAAUGAGGACUAUGAUGAUGAUGGAGAUGAUGAUGAUGAAUGGGAUUGGAAUGAAUCAGGAGGAGGAGACUUCACUAAGUGCUACACUGCAUUGAGGGCUGGGAAUAAUCCACAGGCGAUGGAGAUAGCAACUGAAAGAACUGCAGAGGACAGAUCCAAUCAGGACAAAGUUGAUGAGGAGAUCCUCUACCAGACAGUGACAGGCCUCAGGAAGGAUCUUUCUGGAGUGCAAACAGUACCCUCCAUACUGGAAGACUCCACAAAGGGUGAUAGUUCAAGCUCUGAAGGAGAGGAGGAGGAGGAUGAUGACACAGGAGAGGGCGGCAGACACACUGAGGAAGCACAGCUGGACAGAAAAGUAGCUAAUGGGAACGGAAGAUGUUGCAAUAGAUGAAUUGUGUUGUGGGUUGUGAGAAUAAGUUUGUAUUUCUGUGUCUUUCAGGAAAGAAAGAAAAUGGUUAAAGAAGCUCAGAGGAAGAAAAGAAAAAAUAAAGUGCCGAAGCAUGAGAAAAAGCGCAAGGAGAAAGUUGCCAAAAUGAAGAAAGGAAGAUGAAUUUGGUUAAGAUGAAGGUGAACUGAGAUUAUAGCAGAAAUGCUACUUGACUGAUGGUAGCAGUAUUUAAGCUGGGAACUCUUGCUGAUGAAAUGUCAGUCCCUUAAAAGUCAUAAAUCCCUGAUAUCAGCAUCAUAUUUUUCAAAUGUUUAUUAAAAGUAUUAUUUUCUUAUACUUUCUUUGAUAUACUGCUUUAAUGGUGGGUAAAAUAUGUUUUGAUGCAGACUGACAAUUCAAAUACAUUUUUGCUUUAGUGGAACAUUUAAUUUACAUAGUGCAGAACAGUUUACACAAAUAUUCAUGUUUUACAAGGGAACAUGCUGAUAAAAAUAAAGCACUCUUUCAUAUUUAAGUGACAAAAUCCUCUUUACAAUCCUCUAUACAUCUUGCACAUUUAAAUCUUUUUUUAUGUCAAUGUCAUAUUGGUACAAAAUUGUUUAUUACAUGACAGACACUACAUUUCCA